UAAUCAUUAUCUCUUAACAGCUUAGAUUAUCGUGCGGACUUUUUCUCAACAAAAGAAAUCUUGCGACACUGAAAAUAUUUAUAAAAAGAACAUUUCAUUUAUUGAGGAAAACCUUAACUAAGUUAAUCUUUUCUUAGAGCUUCAAAAUCAAAAUGGCAAUUCCUCAGUGUACCUCGUGUGGCCUCACUCUCCAACAUUGUCAAUGUCGCCGGCAAGCAUCCACCACCGCAUACCGCCGCGCAUAUUAUCCGCCCCUUGAGAUUACUCCAGUUUGUUACUGUGGUUGCUACUCAUGUUGGAGUAUUGUAUUCGUCCUUGUCUUUCUCUCUUUGUCAGGAAAAUUAUUAGGCGAAGGUGGUUGCUACUUGGAGCUCUUUGCCCACUCUGUCUCCGUCUCAAAUACAAACGUAACCGCAAACAUCUCAACCGCUGACUGGAGAGUCGGUUUGGUUGCGAUGAGUCCGGUCACCGGCUGCAAAAUCUCUUUCCAUACAAUCAAGCCUCGUCUCCUUCGUGGAGAAGAGGUUGUGUCCGAGACAUCUCCGUCGGUGGAUGGUUUCGGUCAGGUUGUUACCUCCGACAAAACGGAUGGACCAGUCAUAAGUGUCGAUUUCAAAAGGGUUGUAACGCCGGGAAUUAUUGGCGAUGUGGUUAGGGGUUAUCGAGUGGAGAUUGUUGCCGGAGUGGACUCUGAUGGUUUCUUGAUGGUGUUGUGCGGCGAUCUACCGGUGAAAUUCACGGCGGAUCCUGCGGGAAAUGUAAUUGGAUCGUUACUAGGAAAUAUGAAACGGUGUGACUAUGUAUUCGAAGAUAACUUGAAUAUUCAUGUUUAGAUCUUAAACUCUUAA